AUGAACCGCCACACAACAACACUUCUCCUCCUCCUCCUUCUACCUUCUCUUGUCCUCACAACCACCCACCCAAACGACAUCAAAAUCCUCAACCAAUUUAGAAACAACCUCGACAACCCGGAACUCCUACAAUGGCCAAAACAAUCUCCCGACAACGACCCGUGUUCCACUCCAUCUUGGAAAUUCAUCUUCUGCCAAAACGACAGAGUCACUCAGAUUCAAACCAAAAACCUCAAUCUCUCCGGCACCUUACCUCAAAACCUCAACGAACUCACCGAACUCUUCAACAUAGGUCUCCAGAACAACAAACUCCACGGUCCUCUACCGUCGCUAAAAGGCUUAACAAAUCUCAAAUACGCUUUCUUCGACAACAACGAAUUCGAUUCCAUCCCAAACGAUUUCUUCCAAGGGUUACCGAGUUUGGAAACUCUCGCAUUGGAUAAAAAUAACCUCAAUGUUUCUACUAAUGGUUGGCAAUUUCCUUCCUCUUUGCAGGAUUCACCACAGUUGACAACUCUUUCUUGUAUGAGCUGUAAUUUGGUUGGUUCUUUGCCGGAUUUUCUUGGGAAAAUGAACUCUCUUUCGUUUUUGAAGCUUUCUGGUAACAGAUUAAAGGGUGAGAUUCCGUUGAGUCUUAAUGGUUCUGGUUUGCAGACUCUUUGGUUGAAUAACCAGAAGGGUGAGGGUGAGUCACUUUCUGGGAGUAUUGAUGUUGUUUGUACUAUGGCUUCUUUAACUAGUUUAUGGCUUCAUGGAAACCGAUUCACCGGUUCGAUUCCGGAGAAUAUCGGGGACUUGGUUUCUCUUAAGGAGCUUAAUCUCAAUGGCAAUGAUCUUGUUGGGCUUGUUCCUAGUUCUUUAGGGGAUAUGGAAUUGGAUAGUCUUGAUUUGAAUAAUAACAGGUUUAUGGGUCCAAUCCCAAAUUUUAAAGCUUUGAAAGUUAGUUUUAGUAACAAUGAUUUUUGUUUGAAUGAAACUGGUGUUGCUUGUUCUUUUGAAGUUAUGGCUCUUUUAGGGUUUUUGGGUGGGUUGAAUUAUCCUUCAAAUUUAGUUGAUUCAUGGAGUGGGAAUAGCCCUUGUGAAGGACCAUGGUUGGGGAUAAAAUGCAAUGUGGAUGGUAAAGUUUCGAUGAUUAAUUUGCCACGUUUUAAUCUUAGUGGUAGUUUGAGUCCUUCUGUGGCAAAUUUAGGUUCUUUGGUUGAAAUCAGAUUGGGGGGUAAUCAUAUCGAUGGCGUGGUGCCUAGUAAUUGGACUAGUUUGAUGAAUCUGAAAUUGUUGGAUCUGAGUGAUAAUAAUAUUUCUCCGCCUUUGCCGGUUUUUAGAAAUGGAUUAAAACCUAUGGUUGAUGGGAAUUCUUUGUUGAAUGGUGGUGGGCCUGAAGGUCCUUCCUCGGGGAAAAACAGUCCAUCGGGUGGAUCGGGGAAUAAAGAUGAAGGUACGAAGGGAGAGUCAAACUCAAGUUCAGGUGAUUCGGUUGAACCGAAAAAGUCCAAAAGGAAAAGCUUGGUUUUGAUUGUAGCUCCCAUUGCUGGUGUUGCGGCUGCUGCUUUUCUGUUGAUUCCGCUAUAUGCGUAUUGUUUUAGGAGGACAAAGGAUGGAUUUCAGGCUCCAAGUUCACUCGUGGUUCACCCGAGAGAUCCGUCUGAUUCGGACAGUGCUGUAAAGAUAGCUGUUGUUAAUAAUACCAACGGAAGUGUUUCCACUUUGACAGGGAGUGGGACUGGUAGUAGAAACAGCAGCGCGUUUGGGGAGUCUCAUGUCAUUGAAGCUGGAAAUCUUGUGAUAUCGGUUCAAGUUCUAAGAAACGUGACAAAGAAUUUCGCCCCUGAGAAUGAACUCGGCCGUGGUGGAUUCGGAGUUGUUUAUAAGGGAGAGUUGGAUGACGGUACCAAGAUUGCAGUAAAAAGAAUGGAAGCAGGUGUGAUAACCAAUAAAGCAUUGGAUGAAUUUCAGGCUGAAAUCGCAGUUCUGUCGAAAGUUCGACAUCGACAUCUAGUGGCCCUUAUAGGUUAUUCCAUCGAAGGUAACGAGAGGAUUCUAGUAUAUGAGUAUAUGCCGCAAGGUGCUCUCAGCCACCAUCUUUUCCAUUGGAAAAGCCUUGGACUCGAGCCUCUCUCGUGGAAGAGGAGGCUCAACAUUGCCUUGGAUGUUGCUAGAGGAAUGGAGUAUCUUCAUACUCUGGCUCAACAGAGCUUCAUUCAUAGGGAUCUUAAGUCCUCAAAUAUUUUACUUGCCGAUGAUUUUAGAGCUAAAGUCUCGGAUUUUGGAUUGGUAAAACUUGCUCCUAAUGGCGAAAAAUCAGUAGUGACCAAACUUGCUGGGACCUUUGGGUACUUGGCUCCUGAAUAUGCAGUGACAGGAAAAAUCACAACCAAAGUAGAUGUUUUCAGUUUCGGUGUUGUGUUAAUGGAGCUGUUGUCUGGAUUGAUGGCACUUGACGAGGAUAGACCCGAGGAAAGCCAAUACUUGGCAGCAUGGUUCUGGAAUAUAAAAUCAGAUAAGAAGAAACUAAUGGCUGCUAUUGACCCAACUCUCGACAUAAACGAAGAAACAUUCGAGAGCGUUUCAAUUAUAGCUGAGCUAGCCGGACACUGCACAGCUAGAGAACCAAACCAGAGGCCAGAAAUGGGGCAUGCUGUCAACGUCCUUGCACCGCUUGUUGAAAAAUGGAAACCGUUUGACGACGACCCCGACGAGUAUUCCGGCAUCGACUACAGUCUUCCGCUUAACCAAAUGGUGAAGGGUUGGCAGGAGGCGGAAGGAAAAGACACGAGUUAUAUGGACUUAGAAGACAGUAAGAGUAGUAUCCCCGCGAGACCUACUGGAUUUGCAGAUUCUUUUACUUCGGCGGACGGCCGGUGA